AACUAGCUACCUCUAUCCCAGAAUGCCCUGCGGGGGGAAACGGACUGUAAACACAGCAGUUGUUAUCUAGAGCUCCACUAGUAGCAACUAGCUGCUGUCUGACGCUACCAGGCCUUGCUAUUCCUGGACCAUGUAGCUAAGUGGAUGCCGGUUAGAAGCCAAUUACUAGAGAUGGAUGCCUUUUUGGGAUCUCUGCAAGACCAUGACGUGAGCUCUGUCCUCACGUCCUGUGAGCCCGAGCUGCAGGAGCUGAUGAGACAGAUAGACAUCAUGGUGAACCAUAAGAGGACGGAGUGGGAGGCAGAGAUCCAGGCCAUGGAGCUGCGUCUACACAGCGGAGAAGAGGAGCUCCUCUCAGCCAGAAACCUCAUAGACCAAAGGAACUCAGAGAUGUACAAAGUGACAGUGGCUAUAGUUUCACUGUUAGACCUGCAGAACACUGGCUGUCGGUUGUUGAAAGUGGUAGUGGAGAAAGAGCUGAUGCAGGCCGGGUUGCUCCGCAAGCAGCUAAAUGAGGUCCAGACAGGGAAGCAAGAGCUGGUCAUUAAAUAUGAGGAACAACUGCAGCGUGUCAAAGAUGAGUUGUCUAAGCUGAAGCACAGCUACCAGAAGCUUCAGAGUAAACAGCUGAAGGAGUCGCGUGAAGGAGCCAAGAGCCGAGAGGAGGACCGGACAGAGGUGAUCCGCCUCAAUGGAAAGAUAGAGGAGUUCCGUCAGAGGUCAGCGGAGUGGGAGAACCAGAGGAUGCAGUACCAGAAGCAGGUGUCGUCCCUGGAGACCCAGAGGAAGGGUCUGGCAGAGCAGUUCACUAAUAUGAAGUCCCAGGGUGCAGCGUGGCUACAGGACCCAGGAGGAGGGCGUGCCGGGCAGGCAGAUCUGCAGAGGCUGAGGGGUCAGUUGGAGAGGGCCCAGGAUACACUGCACUCCCAGGAACUGGAGCUGGAACGACUCAGACACCUCCAGGAGCAGCUGAGGGGAGAGCCCAGGAGGGGACAGCAUGUGCUGACAGAGGAGAAGGAGGGGCAGAAGCAGCAGUUCUGUAAUGACCUGUCCAAGCUGACCAGGGCCCUGCAGGCUAAAGAAGAAGUCAUCCAGUCUCUAGAGGAGUGUCUAGGAGCCCAGGGGAGAGGUGGCUCAGGACUACAGCUCCUCAGACAGGACCUAGAGAAGACUACCACCAAGCUACACUCUGCCCAGGCCUGUGAGGUCCACCUGAAGACUGAACUGGCCAGACUCAGAGACAGACUGGAGACGAUGAGCAGACAGAGAGGAGAGUUGGUCACGAGAGAAACGGAGCUGAAGCAUAUCAAGGAAGAGAGGAGUCGCUCUGUGACUGAGGUGAAACGGCUGCGUGAGGAGCUGGCGAGGGCGGAGCAGACGCGCUGCUGGGAGGUGGAGGGCAUGAGGAAGGAGGUGUCCCAGAUGACCAAUGAACUGCACCAGCGUGACAUCACCAUCGCCACACUCAGUGGCUCCGCCUCCAGCGUGGAGCGCCAGCUAAGUGGCGAGGUGGAGAGAGCAGAGCGCCGGGCGGCUGAGCUCAAGGUGACUCAGGUGCAGCUGGAAACUCUGAAGAUUGAGAACCAACAUCUGAAUGAUCUGCUGGAGAGAGUGGAGUCGAGGUCUACUAUGAAAGGGGACCCCUGCCUGGCCUCUCUGAGAGAGAGCUAUGUAUCGUCUCUGAGUAGCUUGGAGCAGGAGAACAGGCAGAUGAGACAGGAGUUGGCGGAGGUGAGAGCUCGCCUGGAGGCCUCUACACAAACCUGGCAGGACAAGCUAGACAGAUCCCUGCUACACAACCAGUCCAGGGCCGUUCCACGACAAACACAAGAUGGGAGUGAAGAGGAACUGCAACAGAGACACAGAGAGGAGAUCUUAGCCAUGGAGGCCAGGAUGCAGGAGAACACCUUGCACUACGAAGAGGAGAUCCAGCGUCUCCUCCAACAGCUAGAGGCACUCUCCUCCUCCUCCCCUCACAGACACCACACACAGACCCUGGACCACAGGCCGGUCUCAGCCUCCUCUUCCUCCUCCUCCUCCUCGUCCUGUCGAGAAAGCAGACUAGCCCGGGGGACAGCCUCAGCCCUCGUCUGUGUUCCUAAUGGACCUGCACCUCCUGCACCUCUACCUGUCUCUGCACCUAUCUCUGCACCUGGUGGUGCUGAGGGCCAGUUGUCCAAUUCAGAGGAGGCUCUACACCUGCAGGCCAGUCAAGACAUACUGAACAUGGAGCGCUGUGUGGCUUCCCCUACUGGCUCGGUGGCUUCCCGGUACCUGGAGGAGGAGAACCUGCGCUCCCAGGAGCUGCUCCAGAGACUAGACGCUCACAUCCAGGGCAUGAGGCAGGACAAUGUCAGGACCGUUUCUAAAUACCUGGGCCAUCCAGACACCUCCCAACCUUAACCUUCCUGACCAUCCAGACACCUCCUAACCUUCCUGACCAACCAGACGCCUCCUAACCUUAACCUUCCUGACCAACCAGACACCUCCCAACCUUAACCUUCCUGACCAUCCAGACGCCUCCUAACCUUAAUCCUCCUGACCAUCCAGACACCUCCCAACCUUAACCCUCCUGACCAACCAGACACCUCCUAACCCUCUUGACCAACCAGACACCUCCUAACCCUCUUGACCAACCAGACACCUCCUAACCCUCUUGACCAACCAGCAACCUCCUAACACUCCUGACCAACCAGACACCUCCCAACCUUUAACCCUCCUGACCAACCUUAACCCUCCUGACCAUCCAGACACCUCCUAACCUUAACCCUCCUGACCAUCCAGACACCUCCUAACCCUCCUGGCCAUCCAGACACCUCCUGACCAACCAGACACCUCCUAACCAUCCUGACCAACCCGACACCUCUGAACCAUCCUGCCCAACCCGACACCUCUGAACCAUCCUGACCAACCAGACACCUCCUAACCAUCCUGACCAACCCGACACCUCCUAACCGUCCUGACCAUCCAGACCCCCCCUAACCUUCCUGACCAUCCAGACACCUCCUAACCUUAACCCUCCUGACACCUCCUAACCCUCCUGACCAACCAGACACCUCCUAUCCCUCCUGACCAUCCAGACACCUCCUAUCCCUCCUGACCAUCCAGACACCUCCUAACCCUCCUGACCAACCAGACACCUCCUAACCCUCCUGACCAACCAGACACCUCCUAACCCCCUCUGACCAACCAGACACCUCCUAACCUUAACCCUCCUGACCAACCAGACACCUCCUAACCUUAACCCUCCUGACCAACCAGACACCUCCUAACCCUCCUGACCAACCGGACACCUCCUAGCCUAACCCUCAUGACCAACCAGACACCUCCUAACCCUCCUGACCAUCCAGACAUCUCCUAACCUUAACCCUUCUGACCAUCCAGACACCUCCUAACCCUCCUGUCCAUCCAGACUCCUCCUGACCUUAACCCUACUGACCAUCCAGACACCUCCUAACCCUCCUGACCAUCCAGACACCUCCUAACCCUCCUGACCAUCCAGACACCUCCUAACCCUCCUGACCAUCCAGACACCUCCUAACCCUCCUGUCCAUCCAGACUCCUCCUGACCUUAACCCUACUGACCAUCCAGACACCUCCUAACCCUCCUGACCAUCCAGACACCUCCUAACCCUCCUGUCCAUCCAGACACCUCCUAACCCUCCUGUCUAUCCAGACUCCUCCUGACCUUAACCCUACUGACCAUCCAGACACCUCCUAACCCUCCUGACCAUCCAGACACCUCCUAACCCUCCUGACCAUCCAGACACCUCCUAACCCUCCUGUCCAUCCAGACUCCUCCUGACCUUAACCCUACUGACCAUCCAGACACCUCCUAACCCUCCUGACCAUCCAGACACCUCCUAACCCUCCUGUCCAUCCAGACACCUCCUAACCCUCCUGUCUAUCCAGACUCCUCCUGACCUUAACCCUCCUGACCAUCCAGACACCUCCUAACCCUACUGUCCAUCCAGACACCUCCUAACCCUCCUGUCCAUCCAGACACCUCCUAACCCUCCUGUCCAUCCAGACACCUCCUAACCCUCCUAUCCAUCCAGACACCUCCUAACCCUCCUGUCCAUCCAGACACCUCCUAACCCUCCUGUCCAUCCAGACACCUCCUAACCCUCCUAUCCAUCCAGACACCUCCUAACCCUCCUGUCCAUCCAGACACCUCCUAACACUCCUGUCCAUCCAGACUCCUCCUGACCUUAACCCUCCUGACCAUCCAGACACCUCCUAACCCUCCUGUCCAUCCAGACUCCUCCUAACCUUAACUGCAAAUAGCUGACCAGACAGACAGCUCACCUCUGGAGUCGUCACCAGAUAUGUGCCACUGACCGACCGACCACCAGGUUUCUCUAGUUCUAGGAGUAUUAGUGAGGCAGUUCUCUGGCUUUGUGUGUCUCUACAGAUGGACCUGUUGGACCGACCCACCAACCCACACACCAGAGUCCAGGUUUCUCUAGUUCUAGGAGUAUUAGUGAGGCAGUUCUCUGGCUUUGUGUGUCUCUACAGAUGGACCUGUUGGACCGACCCACCAACCCACACACCAGAGUCCAGGUUUCUCUAGUUCUAGGAGUAUUAGUGAGGCAGUUCUCUGGCUUUGUGUGUCUCUACAGAUGGACCUGUUGGACCGACCCACCAACCCACACACCAGAGUCCAGGUUUCUCUAGUUCUAGGAGUAUUAGUGAGGCAGUUCUCUGGCUUUGUGUGUCUCUACAGAUGGACCUGUUGGACCGACCCACCAACCCACACACCAGAGUCCAGGUUUCUCUAGUUCUAGGAGUAUUAGUGAGGCAGUUCUCUGGCUUUGUGUGUCUCUACAGAUGGACCUGUUGGAAAGAUACACUGUAAAUGUGACCAGUGACAGUUUGUUGCAGAGUUCACGUGUGUGAUUUAGUCCAGGGUAGUUUAGGUGUGUCUCUGAACCCACUGACUCAAAUCUACAGUGUCGUCGUCAGUUAGCGCCUCUGUAAAGCACUUUAGAAACGUAUUGCUAAGCCGAGUUAGUGGUGCUUAGAUUCGUCCUUGACAAUCUCCUUCCUUUUGUACCCGUUUCGCCGUCUGUUUUUCUGGAUGUGGAAUGUUUUUCUGGCGGUGCUGUAGCAGUCAUUGUUUUUAUUGACAGUUUGCCUCCUGUGAUAUCAUCCAUAUAAACCCAAGAUGGAAUGUAACUAUGUUUGUAAACAUAGAAAUAUAUAUAUUUUUUUUAAUAUUCAAAACCUCAUUCUUCAAUGGCUCAGAUGUUGACGAGAACAUGGUACAUCUUCUCUCUCAGUCAGCAGUGUGUGGGCGGGGUCUCUCUCCUCAGGGUUAAGGUGUGACUGCAUCCCUCCCUGAGAGAGGGAGAGAGAGAGGGAAUCAAAAAAAUUAUUUGUUAGUGCCAGAAAAUCUGUCAUCCUCUCUGUGAUUCUGUGACGGUUCCACAAGGUCCCAGCCCAUCUCUCAGUAGAGGGUUAACAUGGUAGAACGAACGGAGGGAGGGAGGGAGGGGGUGUCCUUGGCUCUCGACCCUUUCCCACAUAACACACAAAAAAAAGGCCCAUAGCACUCUGGUUAAAAGUAGUGCACUAUAUGGGGAAAUAGGGUGCAAUAUUAGGAUGUACCCGGGUGUUUGUGGGAAUGAAAUAAAGACAAAAUAUGAAUAUACCAAAUAAAUGUCAAAUGUUUUGAGGAA